UGCUUUAGCGGUUGAUGAAGCAUAAACCCUAGCAAACAUCCCAAAAACCCUCUCUGCUCAACCCACUCGAUCCUCUUCCCAGGGAUCCCGGGAACCCUAAGAGAGCCGCCGGCUCCAACUACCGUCCAUGUACGAUCCAUACUAGAUCUGACCAACUGUCCGCCGUUCACCGGGGCUUCGGUCGCCGGCUCCCUGUCAUCAGGUCACCAACUUCUUUGACCUUCCGGCACUGUUGCCAGUCGCGUUUCUCUGCACGGGUACCAUCGAACGACCACGAGGAUGGUUCGAAGCAUAAAGAACCCCAAGAAAGCCAAAAGAAAGAACAAGGGAUCAAAGAACGGAGAUGGGUCGUCUUCGUCUUCCUCAAUUCCUUCAAUGCCUACGAAGGUGUGGCAGCCAGGCGUGGACAAGUUGGAGGAAGGAGAAGAGCUUCAGUGUGACCCGUCUGCUUACAAUUCCCUUCAUGCCUUCCACAUUGGCUGGCCUUGCCUCAGUUUUGACAUUGUCCGUGAUACACUGGGUUUGGUUCGCACUGAAUUUCCACAUCAAGUUUACUUUGUUGCUGGAACUCAGGCAGAGAAACCUACUUGGAACUCAAUUGGGAUAUUUAAAGUAAGCAACAUUACUGGUAAAAGGCGUGAACUGGUGCCAUCCAAACCUACUGAUGAUGCCGAUGAGGAGAGUGACAGCAGUGAUAGUGAUGAAGAUAGCGACGAUGAAGUUGGUGGAUCUGGGACGCCAAUUUUGCAGCUAAGAAAAGUAGGCCAUGAAGGAUGUGUUAAUCGAAUAAGAGCUAUGAAUCAAAAUCCCCAUAUCUGUGCAUCUUGGGGAGACUCUGGACAUGUGCAAAUAUGGGACUUCAGCACCCACUUGAAUGCAUUGGCUGAAUCAGAAGCAGAUGUCAGCCAGGGAGCUUCCUCAGUUUUUAAUCAGGCUCCAUUAGUGAAGUUUGGCGGCCACAAAGAUGAAGGUUAUGCCUUAGAUUGGAGUCCUCUUGUACCUGGGAGGCUCGUAUCUGGGGACUGCAAGAAUAGCAUCCAUCUUUGGGAACCGACAUCCGGUUCAACAUGGAAUGUUGAUUCCACUCCAUUUAUUGGACAUGCUGCAAGUGUUGAAGAUCUUCAAUGGAGCCCCACAGAAGAAAAUGUCUUUGCCUCUUGUUCAGUCGAUGGAACUAUUGCGAUAUGGGAUACCCGUUUAGGGAAGACACCAGCUGCUUCUUUUAAGGCACAUGAUGCUGAUGUGAAUGUGAUCUCAUGGAACAGGCUGGCUACCUGUAUGUUGGCAUCUGGAUGUGAUGACGGGACAUUUUCAAUUCAUGAUCUUAGAUUACUCAAGGAAGGUGAUUCUGUGGUUGCUCAUUUCGAGUAUCAUAAACACCCGGUUACCUCAAUCGAAUGGAGCCCACAUGAAGCCUCCACAUUGGCAGUAUCAUCGGCUGACUGCCAGCUCACAAUCUGGGAUCUUUCCUUGGAAAAGGAUGAGGAAGAGGAGGCAGAGUUUAAAGCCAAAACGAAAGAGCAAGUGAAUGCCCCAGAGGAUUUACCUCCGCAGCUCCUCUUUGUUCACCAGGGACAAAAGGACUUGAAAGAACUGCAUUGGCAUGCUCAGAUUCCAGGAAUGAUUGUAUCUACUGCAGCAGACGGUUUUAACAUCCUGAUGCCCUCGAACAUACAGAGCACUCUUCCUUCAGAUGGUGCCUGAAAUUUUGACCGAGACCGAACAAUACCCAACACCCGGCCUAAUUUUUCAAAGAACAGAGGCCUAAGGGCUGUCCAACCAUGGAGUCGCACAAACCGCAGUGCAAAUUUCUGUGUACAUUGUGAUGCAAUGAUGAGCAAGUUUGACACAGUAGAUGAUGCAGCAACAUAUCGUGCUCAUAACUGCGAGUUGCGUCUUUUUUUUUUUUUUUUUUUUUCGUUUGUACGGUUCGUCUUCCUUGCUAUGCUUAGCUUUGUUGUCCCGCCCUUGUAAUGUUUUCCCCAUGCGAAGGUUUCUGGGAAUUUUCAGUAGAAAAUUCGGUCGUGGUGGCCAUCCUCGAUAUUUUGGAAUGUUUGGUAACUUGAGAGAUUUUUUUAUCAUAAGCAUGGGCAUAAGUUUAAUGCACAUACGGAUACUUUAGAGUCUGAAUUUGUAACGUUCAUCUGAAGCAUGUGGUUUAAUUUUCUGGUUU